CGCUUCAGGCGUGUAUUACAGGUUGUGAGCGGUAGAGCGGCGGUAAUGUUCCGGAGACUCGUCAUCACACCGCCGAGGACUUUCUCCUCUCCUCUGCGCUCCGCUUCCACUGCUCCGGUUCUGGAUGUGUUUGGACGGAAACCGGGUGACCGGUAGCACAGAAACCAGCUCCACCUUGAUGAGCAGAACAUUCAGUCUUGACAUUCUGACUGGAUGUCCCCCCUGGAGGGUGAGUUACUCCCACAGGAACGCGGAAUCUAGCAGACGACACUUCGGAUCACUCGUCCAUCGCCGAACUCCUCCAUGUUGAACGAAGAUUUCUGCGAGGGACGCGAGAAGAACGUCUCGUUUUUCUACGAGCUCAGCAACAAGAGCCUCAGCGCGGCAUGGAAGCCGAGGGACUUCGUGGUGGUGGGACUCGGAGUCCCCGUGUGCAUCUUCAUCCUCUUCGCCAACCUGAUGGUGAUGGUGGCCAUCAUCGUGAAUCGGCGCUUCCAUUUCCCCAUCUAUUACCUGCUGGGCAACAUGGCGGCGGCGGACCUGUUCGCCGGCAUCUCCUACCUCAACCUCAUCUUCCACACGGGGCCGUGGACCAUCUUUCUCACGCAGAACGAGUGGCUCGUGCGAGGAGCGCUGAUCGAGAUGAGCCUAACCGCGUCGGUGGUCAACCUGCUGGCCGUGGCGUGGGAGAGACACCAGAGCAUCUUCACCAUGCAGCUGCACAGCACCAUGUCCAACCGGCGUGUGCUGAUGUUCAUCGUGGGUAUCUGGGUCAUGGCCAUCAUCAUGGGCCUCGUCCCGACCAUGGGCUGGAACUGCGUGUGCAAAUUUUCCUCCUGCUCCACCGUCGCGCCGCUCUACUCCCGCAGCUUCCUAGUGUUCUGGGCUGUACUCAACCUCAUCACGUUCUCCAUCAUGGUGGCCAUAUACACACGCAUCUUCAUCUACGUGCGCCGGAAGAGCCAGAGCACGCUGCCUUAUUCACUUAACGUCAGGCAGAACGACACGCUCGUCGGGCUGAUGAAAACCGUCUCCAUGAUUCUGGGUGCGUUUGUGAUCUGCUGGACCCCCGGGCUGGUCAUCCUGCUGCUGGACGGACUUGAGUGCAAGGGUUGCCAGGUGCUGAAAUACGAGAAGUACUGCCUGGUCCUGGCCGAGUGCAACUCCCUGGUGAACCCCAUCAUCUACUCGUGUCGCGACGAGGACAUGAGGAACACGUUUAAGCGUAUCCUGUGUUUCCUGUGUAGGCGGGGCGGAGAGCAGGAGGUCGAGCCGAGUCCCAUCUACUCGGACACUUUGAACUCAGACAGGCUGUUGACGGAGAACCACUCGGACCGCUACAACCACAAUCACAACCACAGAGAGCGCACGUCUUCCUGAACGUCCGUUAGUCAAAAGGACUGUAAAACUUCACACGUGCCGUUCUCCGUACGUCCCUGAACGAUACACGCGGUAAGUAAAUGUAGCAGGCGAUACGUUUUGUGCGCGUCCCGAAGCCGACGAUUGCGAUUUUUAAAAAAAUUUAUUUAUUAAGCGCACACGGUGUAUUUUUGUCGCUCGUUCCUGAUCUCCUCACAGAAAACGUCAUCACGCCAACAAACCUGAUACAGAGUCCUUUCACACGAGAACGAGCACAAUGAUAUAAACCCGUGAUUUGCCGAGCAGGCGAACCACCGUCACGGCCGUGCUGCGGUAGAUAACCAAUCGACCAAUCGGAUUUGAGAACCGACCAGCACCAUGGUAUAAACAAAUAAUUUAUAGUAGCUAUAGAGGGAAAUGUUGCCACUAAACACUUAUUUACAGUGAGGACUCCUUAAGUACCGACUGAACGAUGAUGUUCAGCGAGAUCCACCAAUAGGAGAGCUCCGUCCUGUCCUCCUGUGUAUGUAUAUAUGACUUUAAAUAAAAUUUUUUUAAAAACCGUGGGUUUGUAGCACAUGUAACGUUAAAACUUUUCACGUCCAUAUUAAGGUUUGACAUCUCGUAUACCAUCACGGUCUCUCGCCAGCCUUACAAACGCCAUUUUCGUGUCUUUCACCCUCCCCCUAACGUCUCCGGGCGCCCCGGGUCAGAAACAAAGCGCGGACCGCCGAGCGGGCCGUCUCUGUGGCUCGAGAGUGGGCGGAGUCAACUACGCGCCGCUCGAUCGGACGUCACGCUAAUCACGAGAAACUUCUGUACUGUAGUGCUGAUGAACUCCAUUUUUAUAACAAGUAGCUGGAUCUAAUUUUUGUCUUCCUUCUUGAACUGUUUUGUUGUCCCACUCUGUUUGUGUAAACUGAACAAAAAUAAAGUUUUAAUAAACAUUUCCUAGCACACUUCUAACAGAAAAAACCCCCCGCCUACGGCUGGACGUGACAAAUAUCGGGGGGCUUUUUAAAAAAAUUUUUUUUUUAUAGAGAUAUUUUUGCUAUAAAAGCGCACACCUAUCGUGCUGUAAUUAACGCGGUGACAUUUCAUUGUUUUAUAACGCACUGUCGAUUCUGUUUGAAUUAUUCAUAAAUACAGCUCACUCAAACACACUUUUGUUGUCGUCAAUCACCGAGGAGUUUUCAGGACGUGAACUCGAGGCAUCCGCUGCUGUUUUAAAUCUUUUGGCUUCAUACACAAGUUGAAAGAGAUCAGACAAUCCAUCAGCAGCGUGUCAGACGUAACACGUAAACAAACCCCCCAAAAAUGUGCUGAUCUACAUCACGGAUUAGCGUAAAAGUUUUUUUAAAUAAUAAUAAUAAUAAUUAAAUAAAUAAAUCACACACCAAAGCUCAAAAGCACACUAGAUUAUUUUAUUAGUUUUCAAUUUUCUAAUAAGGAACACUACAAUUCUCAUAUUUCCUUUGUGGUUUUUUUUUUUUUUUCCUUUCCUUUUUCUUCUUUUUUUUUCUUUUUCUCUCUUACUAGAACAGUUCUAAAGUUGAGGUAUAAAAGGAGUUCAUACCAGACUAACAAGUCUGAAAAUGGCAGGGUUUUAUAUACACAAGAGAAAUGGAGAGAACAGGGGAGAGGUAGAGAAAAGGAGGAGUGAUGACGCAAGGAAGGAAGGAAGGAAGGAAGGAAGGAAGGAAGGAUAUACUACAGUUCUAGAGGGAAAGAAAAAAAAAAUGUAUAUAGUACGUUAACAAAACCACAAAUCUGUUUCAUUUGUUUUCGGUGCAGCGAAAUGUCAUCUGGUCACAUGACCUGGUCGCGAGCUCUCUCUCUCUUUUUUUUUUUUUUUCCCUUUCCCCCGUGACCGUGUGUACGGAAACGAGGGUUCGUCUAGGAUCUCGCCAGGAACUGAAUGUGGGUCAGGCGUCUCACUUUCUGAAUCCGUGUCACGAUGCGAGUCGGGAUUAAAUAAACUGAUGACGAGGCAAUCUGUUCAAAUCAGAUUCACGCGUUAUUCUACAAAUCGGCUCGUUACGCUUAGAUUUUAAUCCAUGAAUGAUGGAUAAAAUCCAUCCAACACUCAAGAAGCACAAAAAGGCCCAGGUGUAAACAGACUGACCCCCCCCCCCUCCCCUCCCCCUCCCCUCUCCUCCCUCUCUCUCUCGCGCGCGCGCUCACUCAGGUGAGAAGCUCCAAGUAAUUCCAGCAAUGUAGCGUAACUCCAGAAAGUUUGUGGCGGUGAACAUGUCUGCUCAUGCCGCAGCCAUGACGAGGGCUUACAGCCUUCGUAAACAAUGUGAGAGUCUCAGGACUGGAAGCGUCACACACUUGGCAGCUGCACAAAAGAUUUCUUAAAAGGACCCCCCCCCC